AUGUCGCAGUUCCUGUCCAUAGUGGGCUGGUCCUUUCUCCCAGGCCUCGCCACGUCGUGGAUCCAGACCAUCUACUACGGCCUCACCAUCCGCGCCGGCGACCCCAAGCCCGCGCCCGGCUCCCCCCGCCACGCCUCCCACCGGCGCGUCAUCCACAUCCUCGUCGUCGCCGCAUACCUCGCCUACACCAUCUACGAGGCCGACUACGAGCUGCGCCUCGCCUCCGACUUCUACGCCGACUUGGGGCUCGCUCCCGGCGCGCCCGACCGCGACGUCAAGACGCGCUUCCGCCGCCUCGCCGCUCUGCACCACCCGGACAAGGCGGGCAGCACCGGCGGCGACGACGGCACCAGCUCCACGGCACGCUUCAUCCACCUCAAGCUCGCGAGCGAUACCCUCCUCCACGCCGCGCGCCGAUUCGCAUACGAGCGCUUCGGCCCGGACGUCGUCGCCUGGCAAAAGUGCGUCACCGUCCGCGACUUCGUCUCCCGCGGCGUCCUCUCCGGCGUGCUGCCGCACUAUGCCGUCGCCGCGGCCACCAUCUACGUUCUCGGCCUGCUGGGCUACAUGGACUUUGGCAAGUUCUACCGCUGGCUCAUCCUCAUCUCUCUCUGCGUCUUCGAAGUCCACGCCGUCACGCGGCCCGCCUUCCCGCGUUUCCUCACCCUCAUCAACGCGCUCGUUACCCGCCUCAGCGUCCGCCCGCCCUACCUCCCCUUCCAGUUCAUCCAGCUCGCCCGCAAGCUCACCAUCACGACGUACAUUGCCCUCUCGCAGAUUGGCCCCCUCCUCGUCGAGCACACGCAGCAGAGGCAGCGCGCUGCCCAGGACGACGAUCGCGCGUUGCAGCAGGCCCUGCAGCGGCUCGAGGUCGUGACCAACCAGCUGAACGCCGAUACAGAGAGACUGAUGGACAUGGAGAUUGCGCCUUUCAAGGGCGACUCCGAAGCGGUGGGCAAUCUGCAGGGCAAGAUGCGCGAGUGGCUGGUUCAAAACACCAUCCGUGCCGACCCAAUGGUGAGAGACGCACUGGGCACUUCGUUCCGCAAGAGGCGCAUCGACGCACCCAGUGGCGCCCGAGGGAACCGAUAG